AUGGACGUGGACGUGGACGUAAACGUGGACGUGGACGGGGACGUGGACGUGGACGUGGUCGUGGAGGUGGACGUGGAGGUGGACGUGGACGUGGACGUGGACCUGGACGUGGACCUGGACGUGGACCUGGGCGUGGACAUGGACGUGGACGUGGUGGACAUGGACGUGGACAUGGACGUGGACCUGGACCUUGACGUGGGCGUGCACGUCGACGUGGACGUGGUGGACGUGGACGUGGAUGUGGUCGUGGACGUGGAGGUGGACAUGGUCGAGGACGUGGACGUGGACGUGGACGUGGUCGUGGACGUGAACGUGGACGUGGAUGUGGACAUGGACGUGGUCGUGGACCUGGAGGUGGAUGUGGACUUGGACGUGGACGUGGACGUGGACGUGGACGUGGUCGUGGACGUGGACGUGGUGGACGUGGACGUGGACGUGGUCGUGGUCGUGGACGUAGACGUGGACGUGGUGGACGUGGACAUGGACGCGGUCGUGGACGUGGACGUGGACGUGGUCGUGGACGUGGACGUGGAGGUGGACCUCGACGUGGACGUGGACCUGGACGUGGACGUGGGCGUGGACGUGGACGUGGACGUGGUGGACGUGGACGUGGACCUGGACGUGGACCUGGACGUGGGCGUGGACGUCUACGUGGACGUGGUGGACGUGGACGUUGACGUGGUCGUGGACGUGGACGUGGACAUGGUCGUGGACGUGGACGUGGACGUGGACGUGGUCGUGGACGUGAACGUGGACGUGGACAUGGACGUGGUCGUGGACCUGGAGGUGGAUGUGGACUUGGACGUGGACGUGGACGUGGUCGGGGACGUGGAGGUGGACGUGGACGUGGUCGUGGACGUGGACGUGGUCGUGGUCAUGGACGUGGACGUGGACGUGGACGUCGACGUGGUCGUGGACGUGGACGUGGACGUGGUCGUGGACGUGGACGUGGACUUGGACGUGGUCGUGGACGUGGACGUGGACUUGGACGUGGACGUGGACGUGGACGUGGACUUGGACGUGGACGUGGACUUGGACGUGGACGUGGACGUGGACAUGCGCGUGGACGUGGACGUGGACGUGGACGUGGUCGACGUGGACGUGGAGGUGGACGUGGUCGUGGACGUGGACGUGGACGUGGUCGUGGACGUGGACGUGGACGUGGUCGUGGACGUGGACGUUGACAUGGACGUGGACGUGGUCGUGGACGUGGACGUGGACGUGGACGUGACCGUGGACGUGGACCUAGACGUGGACUUCGAUGUGGACGUGGACGUGGACGUGGUCGUGGACGUGGACGUGGACAUGGACGUGGUCGUGGACGUGGACAUGGACGUGGAGGUGGACCUGGACGUGGUCGUGGACGUGGACGUGGACGUGGACGUGGACGUGGUCGUGGUCGUGGACGUGGACGUGGACGUGGUCGUGGACGUCAACGUGGACGUGGACGUGGUGGACAUGGACGCGGUCGUGGACGCGGUCGUGGACGUGGACGUGGACGUGGUCGUGGACGUGGACGUGGACGUGGACAUGGACGUGGUGGACGUUGACGUGGUGGACGUUGACGUGGACGUGGACGUAGACGUGGACGUAAACGUGGACGUGGACCUGGACCUGGACCUGGACGUGGACGUGGUCGUAGACGUGGACGUCGACGUGGACGUGGUGGACGUGGACAUGGCGUGGACGUGGUCCUAG